AAACCGAAUUAGAAACUUCAAAUGUUCAACUCCUCCCCACUCUUAGCGCAUCUGCAAAAAUCCGAACAGAACGAUGUGAGGUUGCGUGGCGAACAUAGCAAUACUGGUGCAAGUUUUUCAGGAUUUAAUUUGGUGUAAAUUAGACUUACUUUAAUGUACUUUAGUUUCAAAGUACAAAUGCUAGACCACAGAAAUUAAAAUAUUUGUAAUUAGUCAUAAUCUAUUUAGUUGAACUAAUUGUAUUAUGGGCGCGUGUAAAUUUGGCAUUUUUUAUGCGUGUGGGCACGUAUGUUUAUUAAUUUGGAUACUGCAAACUGUCCAAUCUCAGCGGCAUCCACCAGAGACGAGACAAGUAAAUAACCAAGUGCCAGGUAUACGGCAGACAAUACAAUGGGCGCACAAUGGUAACGUUUUUAGCCUUCUGAGUCACGGCUCGGAAUAUCGACCACCAAAGCAAAAAGGCGGCAAUAAAGAGCAGGAGAAACCUGUCACCAUCAUUAGAGAUGGGGAAGCUAACAAGCCUUCUGACUCCUCAAGACAGUCUCUCUCGUCUACCCACACAGUGUCCCGUGCAGGAGCGCGCCCGCGCUGGCUACCACCUCAAGUUCCAAAGCCGCCGAGGGGACAGGGGCACCAGCAUCAGGAUGUCCAUCCAAGUGGCCAUGCAGAAACUAAGGCAAAUGGCACGACGAAUGGGACACAGGACAAACCGUCCCCUUCGCCGAGAAGAGAAGACGUGAUGGCAGGGGAUGAUCCUUACAACCCAUACAAGACCUCCGAUUCAGAUUCAGAUAAUCCUUACUACAAUUACUAUGACGUGUACGAGAGUCCCAGGCGCAGAGAGAGACCUGGAUAUGGCACAAGGUACCAUCAGAACGGUCUGCCUGAUCUUGUACCAGACGCAUACUACAUUCAAGCCUCCGUAUAUGUCCAGAGAGUUCCAAUGUACAACCUCAGAUGUGCAAACGAAGAGAAUUGCUUGUCAAGUUCGGCUUACAGCGCCAGAGACUAUGACACCCGGAUGCUGCUGAGGUUCCCACAACGUGUGAAGAACCAGGGGACGGCUGACUUCCUGCCAAGCAGACCCCGCUACUCCUGGGAAUGGCACAGUUGUCACCAGCAUUACCACAGCAUGGAUGAGUUCAGCCACUAUGACCUGCUGGAUUCAGGUGGGAGGAGUGUGGCUGAGGGACACAAGGCCAGCUUCUGCCUGGAGGACAGCUCCUGUGACUACGGCUACUACAGACGCUUUGCCUGCACCUCACACACCCAGGGCCUGAGUCCAGGAUGUUAUGAUACCUAUAACGCAGACAUCGACUGCCAGUGGAUCGAUAUUACAGAUGUGAAACCUGGGAACUACGUCCUGAAGAUCAGUGUGAACCCCAGCUAUCAGGUUCCAGAGUCUGACUACAGCAACAACAUUGUGCGCUGUGAAGUUCGCUAUACUGGCAACUAUGCCUAUGUUUCAGGAUGUCACAUCUCACAAUAUUAAGAGGGGGACGUCAUUCUCCAAACCACUGAAGCAUUUCUGUGAAAACUCCAUGACAGCCAAGAAAACAUCUUGAACAAAAUGUGGACACACAUGGCUAACUGAAAAUGUGUAAGAAUGGUCAUACUCUUGUUAAGUUGGCCUUUGUUUUUCAGGUUCAUUAAACAUGUUUUUCUCAAGCCAUUCUAUAAGUGCAAUAAAGUAAUAAUUGCAUUUAUAGGUUUCAUUAUACUACAUUACAAUAGUUUAGACAUGUUUUAAAUGGUGUAAAUCAAAUAAAUGGAAUUUCAGACGUCCAAAGCUCA